AACGGCGCUUGGCAGCGGCCCCGGGCUUGGCGGCGGCUGAAAAGGUUCGGGGGGGUUCGGGGGGUUCCGCCCCCAGCCCAGCCCCCCCCAUUCACGGGGAGGAGCCGGGGGUCGCUGGCACCGCGCCCCCCGCCCCCCCCGGACCCCCGGAGCCGUUCCGGGACGGCCGCUGCCCCCCGAAGGAGCCGCGCUCCCCCGCGGGGGUCUCCCCAAACCCUGCCGGGACCCCCGGGAUGAGCCCCCGGUGCUCCCCCGUCCCACCGGGCCCCCCCGGGGUCCCCUGAGCUGCCCCGGGCUCAGCCGGUCCCGGAAAAAUCCCGGAACCCCCGGGACUCCCCUGAGCCCCCCGGGACCCCCCUGAGCCCCCCGGGACCCCCCGGGACUCCCCUGAGACCCCCGAGACCCUCCGGAACCCCCCUGAGCCCCCCGGGACCCUCCGGGACCCCCCGGGACCCCGGCCAAGGCUCCGCCCCAUCCUGGUGACCACGCCCCGGCUCCACCCACACUCCCGCCCCUCACCAAGACCCCGCCCCAUACUCACCCGCGCCUUCAGCCUCUUUGACGUCACUUCCGGCGCGCGCUCAAGAUGGCGGCGCCCUUGCGGCGGGCGCUGCUGGCGCUGGGCCCGGCCCGCCCGCGGCUGCCGGAGCCGGUCCCGGUCCCGGCGCGGCCCUACCGGGCGGACCCGCUGCGCCGCCGCCCGGGCCCGGCCCCCGCCGACCCGGAGGACCUGCGGGCGGCCGCGCGGCGGUUCGGGCGGCUCGGGGAGGCCUCGGGGGUGGCGGCGUGGCGGCUCUGGCCCAGCCCGGAGCAGCUGCGGGAGGCGGAGGCGGAGGAGCGCGAGUGGGACCCGCCGCUCCGGGAGGUGGAGGCCGUGCUGGAGCAGCGGGAGAGGGAGGAGGCGCGGCGGAGAAAGGAGAGGGCCGAGCUGGUGGCCCGCAGCCUGGCGGCGAUGCCCGCCCGCGUGGCCGCCUGGCGCCGGGAGCGCGAGGCCGCGCGGGAGCGCGCGCGGGCGGAGGCGGCGCGGCGGCAGCGGCUGCUGGCCGAGGCGGGGCUGGGGGCGGCCCCGCGGCCCGGGACCCCCGCCCGCGGCUCGGCCCGAGCCCAGGAGCUGCUGGACGACCUGGAGCGGCAGCGGCGGCGGGAGGAGAAGCGGCGGCGGCGGCAGGAGCGGGAGGAGGCGGCCCGGAGCGCCCUGGCGGCGGCGGAGGCGGCGGCGGCGGCGCGGCCGCUCCCCGGGACCCCCCCCGAGAGCGACGGGACCCCCCCCAGACCCACCGGGGCCACGUCGUGACGCCCCCGGUGGCACCGGGACCCCCCCCGGACAGAAGGAGGACACCCCGAAAUGGGUUUAAAACUCUGCAUUUAA